AUGGUCCUCGCCUUUAACCUCUGCUUCUUCGUCAUCCUGGGCUCCGGCAGCAAUAAGCUUUAUCGCAAGACCCGUCUGCGUAUUCAGGCCACGGGAGCGACGGUCGUGUCGUCCCUCAACGACCCACGGACCACCCACGCCCUCCUUGCUCCGAGCCCCUCGAUCUUCAUGCAACAGUGCCAGACGCGCCCACCCGAGACUCUUGAGGACGAACUCCGCUACCAGUUCUCCAAAGCUCAGGCCAAGGACAUUCCCGUUCUGGAUUUCAAGUUCCUCGCCCACUGCGUCGUGGCCGGGCAUGUUGUCGGGCCAGAGAGGGCCUAUUUCGGUUGCCUCGUUAACCUUGACGAGUUUCUCGUCGACGCGACCCUCGCGACCCUCUCGACCGGCCCGGCCCCCACUCCCAAACCCGUGGGGCGCAUCCAGGCCACCGACAUCCCCGUCCCCGCUGCCGAGUCGGCGACCCAGGCCACCGACAUCCCCGUCCCCGCUGCCGAGUCGGCGACGGGCGACCACACCGGCCUCCCCUUGCCUGAGCUCGCCAUGCCCGCCAUCGUCAGGGCACGUCCAGGCUGGGCAACUCGUACCGGCACCGCCUCAGUGUCGGCCGCAUCGGCAGCUGCACGCUCCCUUGUGGGAUCCAUUCUCCCCGUGGCUGGCAACAUGGCCACGCAAGGUGCGAGGGCGGGUUUGGCCAACCCCGACCGUCGCAUCGCUGCCGCUCUCAGCGCUGCGGGUGAGACAGUGCUCGAGGACGUCCCCAAGGCCCUGCGCACCGCCGGGGGUGUCGCUGCUGUCGCCUUCCGCGAAGCGCUCUUCCAGGAUGAGGCCGUUGAGGAGGAUGCCCAAUAA